AUGUUUACUCAGGUAGCAACCCUAAGGACUGGANAAUACCCCGAUAUGACGAAGAAAGGAGAAAUGAACCAGGGUGACGACAUCUGUGGUACUAUCCAUGAAGUUGGUGAGGGAGUUUCAGAGUUCAAGAAAGGCGACCGCGUCUUUGCUUUCCAUCAAAUGCUCGCUCCUGGCGGCUCCUACGCCGAAUACUGUGUUGCUUGGGCUCACACUACCGCAUACCUCCCCGAGCACGUUUCCUUCCAGGAGGGUGCGGCUCUGCCUCUCGCUGCACUGACCUCUGCUGUCGGUCUCUACGACCGCCUGAAGCUGCCCCAGCCUUGGGUCCCUCGCAAGGACGAUGAGAAGCCUAUCCCUCUUGUUAUCUACGGAGCUUCGUCCUCAAUCGGUUACUACGCCACCCAAUUCGCCAUUCGCUCGAACAUCCACCCUAUCAUUGGUGUCGCUGGUCGCGCCAGAUCACACGUAGAGAAGCUCCUUGAUCCCAGCAAGGGCGAUGUUAUUGUCGACUAUCGUGAUGGCGACGAGGCCGUGCAGAAGGGCAUCGAAGAGGCUCUCAAGGGUGCUCAGCUUCAUCACUGCUUCGACGGUGUCUCCGAGAAGGGCUCAUACCAGAACGUCGCUGCGGUCAUGUCUGACGGCGGCCACAUUACACUUGUCCUUCCCGGCAAGGACUUCUCCGACUUGCCUCAGCACGUCAAGCAGUCCAUCACCAUGGUUGGAGAUGUUCACAACAACCUUAAGGACUUUGGCUCAGUCUUCUUCCGCUACAUCGCAAAGGNNGGUGUUGACGAGGGCUGGUUCAAGCCUCAGCCUCAGGAGGUCAUUCCUGGCGGUCUCGAGGGUGUCGAGCAGGGUCUCGCUAACCUGAAGUCUGGCAAGGCUUCAGCUGUUAAGUAUGUCUUCAAGAUCGCUGAUACCCCUGGCGCUGGUCAGUCGUAA